UCAGCCUUCCUCCGCCCCCGCCUGCGUCGGGCUUCAAAUGACCCCCGGGCUCCCCAGCCACAGAGAGACCGGGGAGCCAGCAGGAGAGGAGCGCCCGCCGGACCCACAGCGAUGAGACAGGACGUGCCCAAGCUCACCCCGGCCGCCCGCCACUGCUCCGGCCUGGCCCGGCGGGUGCUGACCAUCACGUUCGCGCUGCUCAUCUUGGGCCUCAUGACCUGGGCCUACGCCGCCGGGGUGCCGCUGGCCUCCGAUCGCUACGGCCUCCUCGCCUUCGGCCUCUACGGGGCCUUCCUCUCGGCGCACCUGGUGGCGCAGAGCCUCUUCGCGUACCUGGAGCACCGGCGGGUGGCGGCGGCGGCGCGGCGCGCGGCGGCGCGGGGGCCCCUGGACGCGGCGGCGGCGCGCAGCGUGGCGCUGACCAUCUCCGCGUACCAGGAGGACCCCGCGUACCUGCGCCAGUGCCUGGCGUCCGCGCGCGCCCUGCAGUACCCGCGCGCGCGCCUGCGCGUCCUCAUGGUGGUGGACGGCAACCGCGCCGAGGACCUCUACAUGGUGGACAUGUUCCGCGAGGUCUUCGCCGACGAGGACCCCGCCACCUACGUGUGGGACGGCAACUACCACCAGCCCUGGGAACCGGCGGCGGCGGGCGCGGCGGGCGCGGCGGGCGCGGGCGCCUACCGGGAGGUGGAGGCCGAGGACCCCGGGCGGCUGGCGGUGGAGGCGCUGGUGAGGACGCACCGGUGCGUGUGCGUGGCGCAGCGCUGGGGCGGCAAGCGCGAGGUCAUGUACACCGCCUUCAAGGCGCUCGGCGACUCGGUGGACUACGUGCAGGUUUGUGACUCAGACACGAGGCUGGAUCCCAUGGCAUUACUGGAGCUGGUGCGAGUGCUGGAUGAGGACCCCCGGGUAGGGGCUGUUGGGGGAGACGUGCGGAUCCUUAACCCCCUGGACUCCUGGGUCAGCUUCCUAAGCAGCCUGCGGUACUGGGUGGCCUUCAAUGUGGAGCGGGCUUGUCAGAGCUACUUCCACUGUGUGUCCUGCAUCAGCGGUCCCCUGGGCCUGUACAGGAACAACCUCCUGCAGCAGUUCCUCGAGGCCUGGUACAACCAGAAGUUCCUGGGCACCCACUGCACCUUCGGGGACGACCGGCACCUCACCAACCGCAUGCUCAGCAUGGGCUAUGCCACCAAGUACACGUCCCGGUCCCGCUGCUACUCGGAGACGCCGUCGUCGUUCCUGCGCUGGCUGAGCCAGCAGACGCGCUGGUCCAAGUCGUACUUCCGCGAGUGGCUGUACAACGCGCUCUGGUGGCACCGGCACCACGCCUGGAUGACCUACGAGGCGGUGGUGUCGGGCCUCUUCCCCUUCUUCGUGGCGGCCACGGUGCUGCGGCUCUUCUACGCCGGCCGCCCGUGGGCGCUGCUGUGGGUGCUGCUGUGCGUGCAGGGCGUGGCGCUGGCCAAGGCGGCCUUCGCGGCCUGGCUGCGCGGCUGCCCGCGCAUGGUGCUGCUCUCGCUCUACGCGCCGCUCUACAUGUGCGGCCUCCUGCCCGCCAAGUUCCUGGCGCUGGCGACCAUGAACCAGAGCGGCUGGGGCACCUCCGGCCGCCGGAAGCUGGCCGCCAACUACGUGCCGCUGCUGCCGCUGGCGCUCUGGGCCCUGCUGCUGCUGGGCGGCCUGGUCCGCAGCGUGGCGCGCGAGGCCACGGCCGACUGGGGCGGCCCCUCGCGGGCCGCCGAGGCCCACCACCUGGCCGCAGGGGCCGGCGCCUACGCGGGCUACUGGGUGGUGAUGCUGACGCUCUACUGGGUGGGCGUGCGGAGGCUCUGCCGGCGGCGCGCGGGCGGCUACCGCGUGCAGGUGUGAGUCCCGGAACCGGGCGGGGACCCCCAGGAGCCACGGACUUGCUGGCUGAUUCUCUGGGCGCCUCUUUCCCUCCUCUGUGAAGUGAGGGCGUCGACCCAAGACUCUUCAGCCUGGACUGUUUGGGGGCUGGGACUUGGGGUCUUUGGGCAGGGGUAUUUAUUGAUCAGGGUGUGGAUUUUUAGGGGCAGGGGGAGGCAGGGGUCCCCGUAUGCUGUUCUGGGGCCCGCUCUCUACCUGUUCAUAUUUAAUAUCCAUUUGUACUGUGUGAUUAGGAUAUAAUAAAGAAUUUUAUUUAUUUUC